AGCAGCAGCAGCAGCAGCAACAGCAGCAGCAACAGCAGCGGCAGCAGCAGCAGCAACUGUUAGUUGUGUUCGAACGCGCUUUGGAGCAACACGUGCUGCUCUCGACGCCCCCACCGCUCACAAACGGUAGCUCGUGUGCUGCUAUCCGACAAUACUAUCCGAUCUUCGAUUAUUUUCCAAGCCCCUCACGUGGUUCGGCGGUGAUCUCUUUUUUGUAUCUGUGUGUUCAAGUGAAAUGGAAUUUGGUGAAUUUUAAUUGCACGCAGCAAGCUGCCGGCAACAGCAACAGCAAGAGCAACAGUGGCUACAUUUCAUUCAACUCCAGAUAGAGCAACAACAGCACCAGCAACAUCGGCAUCAUUCGGAGAAAAUAGCUGAUAAAUAGACAAUAACAUAAAACAAAGGCCGGGGACGCCGCUUCAAUUACGCCCCUUGUCCAUGAUCCAGUGAAACCGGAGCAGGAAUCAGCCCAGAACAUGACAGAGAACAGCAACCAGCAGCCGGCUAGUGGAGGAGGAGACUUCAACGGCCGCCACUCGGCCUCUCCGGCCAGGACGAUCGACUCCCACGACUCCACCACGGGCAGCAUGGACACCAUCGUAGACCGCAGCCUGAACCGCGAGGAACUGCUCCAGGCGGCCACCACCAUCGAGCAGAGCACUAACACCACAAACACGGGAUCGGAGAGCCUGACAAACUCGCAGAUCGGGAUGCUGCAGCGGGACCAGGAGCAGCGCAAGCAGCUGCAGGAGGAUCAGGAGCAGGCACGCCAGGAUGCCCAGAGUCACAUUUAUUCCAGUCCAGUGUACGAUGAGAAGCCGCCAGCCCUGAAGCUGCUCUCCGCCGCCCUGGACCUCGAUGUGGAGGCGGCCAAGGCGAAGAGCCAGGAGGACGAGGCGCAGAAGCCCAAGAUCAUCUCCCAUCAGGAGUUCAAGCAGCAGCUGGAGGAGGCUAUGGCCUCCAGGAUGCCGGGCAGCCAGGCGACGAAGACCGGCUCCAAGAGCGCCGCCAACACUUUGGACUCCAGAAUCAGCCGCAAGCAGCGCUGUCCUCCAGAGUUCAUAAAAUACAAAGAGGGCAGCGAGGGCAGCUCCUCCUCAAUAUCCGCCCGGAACAACCGCAAACGGAAGGCCAGCAACGAAUGCUGCUCCGCUUUCCCCCUCCAGAUCGUCCUGGGCACUUUGCAGCUGGUGUUGGCAGUCUCCCUGGUGGCCCUUGGAUCCUUGCUGAUUGUCCGGGACGCGGCUCUCUCGAUGGCCGGCUGCGGUAUCUGGACGGGAUUGAUAGCCGCUGUCACCGGGUCCCUGGGCGUAGUCAGCAUGCGAAAGACUCAGACCGCCUUCCUGGCUCUCAGCUUGGUGUGCAUCGCCAGCAGUACCUUGGCCCUGGCCAUUUCCGGAGUGGGUCUCUCCCGGGAUCUCAACCGAAUGGCGGAGCAGAAAGGAGAACAGUUCGACCUGAUGAACACCAACAGCGAGGUCUCGGCAGCCUGUGGAUUAAUUUUUGCCCUUUUCUUGCACUUUGUGGUCAGCAUUGUGUCAGUUUAUCGAUGCGCCCUCCAAAUUUGCACAAAAUCGGAGCACAGCGAGCUUCGGGACGUCAUUAUUAAGUCAAAUUCCUCCGGAAUACCCUUGGACCAGCAGAAAGUAGAUCAAUACAUCAAGGCAGUGUCCCUGAACGGAAGCGAAAAGAUAAACUCUGAAAAGUUGGCCGCCAUGUGGAUGUACGCCACCCAAAUGGGCAACUACCCACCGUCUUCGGUUCGCAAACUGACGCCUCCCUCUCGACCAAUCAUGCUGAUUCCCUCGACAGCUGGCAGCGGGAUGGCGCCGCCGCCGCCCACGCGUCUGCCACCUCCACCUCCCGGCACCGGAGCGGGAUUAUUGUUACCGGUUCCUCCACUGCCUCCGCAAUACCGCGGAAUGACUCUUCCCGCCUACAUGCGUCCACCUCCCAUCCCCGGCUCGGUUCUGUACGCCCAUCCCGCCAGCCUAAGCGGCACGUAUCGCACCCACAAAAGCACCAAGUCGGCGGAGAUCAACGGACAAAGACGGCGCCGACGGGCUGGAAAGUCAGAUGCCAAUCGUCGCCAGCGUCGCAAGUCGGAGGCUGAUGUCCUAGACGGAGCACCCAACUUCCAGUACACAGGGCUAGACCGCGCUAUAGCCGAUAGCUUUCUUGCCCGACAAGAGCAAUCGCAGGCGGGCAGUCACAUCGACUACUCGUCCUCCGCAUCGUCGGACUUGUACGGCGGCCAGCAGCGCGCCUCCUCCAAAACGAAGAUUGUCUGUCGGGAUGUCGUCAUGUAGAAGGCCCCGAGAAAGCGUGACGACCGGAGUCACAACCUUAAUUUUGUACAUAACUUUCCACUGGCCAGAACCCUGGCUGCACACAAAGAAAAUAUUCUUUUUUUAGAUCUAUCUCUAACUCUGUCUCUGAUCCCUAUCCAUAUGCGUAUUAACGUUAAGUCAGUUAUCAAUAUGAAUCGAAAAUGUUAUAUUAAAUAUAUAUAUGUAUGUGUAUAUGCUAUACAUUCAAA